ACAAUGUGGUCCUAUAUAGUUGUCAGUAUUUGUGUAACUCAAGUGUUAACUGAUAAAAGUUUCAGUAAACUUAUAAGUGAGAGAGAAACUCUCCUCAAAAAUGAGUUAAAAAUGAUGCUUGGCAGUGAUUUAGUGUUGAGUGAUAGUGAACAGCAAGCUAAUGAUGUGAUUAUGAAAUUAAAGAGAAGAGAAUUGGACUAUGGGUUUCGUAAUCCGCAGUAUUUUAAUUUCUCCAAACAUUUCUUUGAAUAUAAAGAUGAUAUAAAAAGAUCUGAAUUAUUUCAAAUAGUUAAAGCGAUGCCUAAAGGUGCAGUACUUCAUGCCCAUGAUACAGCUAUACUAAACCAAGAUUAUGUCGUAAGUCUUACUUAUUGGCAAGAUUUGUAUGUCUGCUUCCUAGAAGACAAUAUUUUGUUUUUGUUUUCAAAAGAAAAACCCAAUGAAAAGUGUCCAACGCAAUGGCAAUUAAUGAAAGAUGCCAGAUAUUCGUCGGGGAACGUUGAAAAGUUCGAUGCACAUUUAAAACAAUAUUUCACACUUGUAAUAGAUGAUCCGGUGCAAGAUUAUGACAAUAUAAAUGCAGUAUGGAGUAAAUUUCAGCACUAUUUCAUAGCUACAUCUCCGUUGUUCUGUUAUAAACCGAUUUGGGAGCAAUAUUUUUAUGAUGCUCUAAAAGCAUUUAGGAAUGACAAUGUGAUGUUCGUUGAAAUAAGAAGUGUAUUGCCCCAGCUGUAUGACAUAGACGGCAAUGUCUAUGACGAGUUGGUUACAGCGCAGUCAUACAAAAAAGUUUUGGAUAAGUUUCUAACAGACUAUCCCGAUUUCUUUGGCGCGAAACUUAUUUAUGCUCCCCUAAGAUCUGUGGAUGUAAAAACAGUCGAAAAAUAUAUAAACAUAGCUAGAGUAUUAAAAAAGAAAUUACCUGAUUUUUUCGCAGGAUUUGAUUUAGUUGGCCAAGAAGAUUUGGGGAAUCCAACAAGUGAGUUUUUAAUGCAACUUAAUGAUGUGUCUCAUGAGUUUAAUUAUUUCUUCCACGCCGGUGAAACCAAUUGGUAUGGUAGCAGUUCUGAUGAAAAUUUAGUAGAUGCUAUAGUCCUGAAUGCAAAGCGUAUUGGUCACGCAUUUGCUUUAGUGAAACAUCCUCUUCUAUUAGAAGAAGUGAAGAAGAGAAAUAUAGCUUUAGAAGUAAAUGUUAUUUCUAACGUUGUAUUGAAGCUUGUUGAAGACGUGAGGAAUCAUCCGUUGGCUACGUUCUUGGCACAAGGCUUGCCUGUAGUUAUAUCAAGUGAUGACCCAGGAUUAUGGGAUGCAGAACCCUUAACACAUGAUUUUUAUGUCACAUUCGUGGGUGUAGCAAGCCGACAUGCGGAUUUGAGACUUCUAAAAAAAUUAGCUUUAAAUUCAUUGUAUUAUAGUACAUAUAAAAAUAAAGAUAAAUUAGUCCAUGAAUUUGAUAUUCGAUGGGCUAAAUUCGUGCAUAACGUUAUAAGGGAUUAUGCGUGAAUAGGAGAUAGUAAUAUUAUCGUAGCGUCAUUAUAUUAUUGAGCUGGUUUGCGUUUUAUCAUUGAUUAGAUAAAGAUACUAUACACUAUAAUAGAUUAGUCUACUGUUGCUAAGCAAUAUUUAUAAAUAAUAUGAAAUAAUUA